AUGGUUUACUACUUCACCUCCAACGUCGUUGAGCCCUCGGGCUUCAUCUACGUUGGCAAGGAUAAGUUUGAGAACGAGGACCUCAUCAAGUACGGCUGGGAAGAGGAUGUCUGGUAUUUCCACGUCGACAAGCUCUCCAGCGCCCACAUCUACCUCCGCAUGAGAGAUGGCCAGGAGUGGGACAAGCUUCCGCAGGAGCUCCUGAUCGACCUGGCCCAGCUCACCAAGGCAAACUCCAUCGAGGGCAACAAGAAGGACAACAUCACCAUCAUCUACACCCCGUGGGCGAACCUCAAGAAGGACGGCUCCAUGGACGUCGGCCAAGUCAGCUUCAAGGACCAGCGCCAGGUUAAGCGCAUCCUCGUGGUCCAGCGCGAGAACCCCAUCGUCAACCGGCUCAACAAGACAAAGGUGGAGAAGAAGCCCGACUUCAAGCAGGAGAAGGACGACCGCCUCCGGGAGCUCCGCAAGCGAGACCAGGCAGCACAGCUUAUACGGAAAAAGGAAGAGGCCAAACAGGCCAAGGAAUGGCAGGAGAAGAAGUAUCAAAAGGAUCACGCCUAUGAUGAGCUAUUCACGGAGGAUAACAUGGCCGCUUCUAGUAACCAGGAGAGGAACGCCGACUGGGAGGAUGACUUCAUGUAG